UUCUACGGGCUUCGGAGCCAAAACUGAAAGUAUAUUCCGCUGGUUGUAUCCUAAUGGGCUGUGCCACUUGCGGCAAUUUCAGAACCUCUUCUCUACUACUUCCAUGGAGGCCCUCUUCGCGGAUUCCACCGUCUUCGUUCCCUUCGAACAUCAGAUUAAUGAAAUUCCGGCGUUUGAACCUGGUUAAGCAUAACCUGGUGGUCAGGAACGCUUUUGGGUUCGACGAAAAUGGCUCCUUUAAUGGGUUUCCCAUCACACCCAACAAGCUUUUCAUGCAAGAGACGAUUGGAGCUGAAUAUGGAGAAGGUUUUGAGACUUUUAGACCAGAUGGGCCUCUAAAGGUUGAUGUGGAUUUUUUGAACGACAGAUUGCAAGAAGGUUUUCUUAAGCGAAUACGCUAUGCAAUGAAGCCAGAUGAAGCAUAUGGUCUUAUUUUCUCUUGGGACAAUGUGGUGGCAGAUACUCGAAGUCUAAAGUUGAAUGCUUGGAAGCAGCUUGCCUACGAAGAGGGAAAGGAAAUUCCUGAAGAUGGUGAUUUGCAAAGAUUGAUGCUUUAUGCAGCUGCUGAUCAUGUACUGCAUAAGUUUUUACUACUAUGGGAUGAAUCAGAAACAGAACUGGAGAGAUUGAAGUUUAGGUUUUCGGAGUUGUAUUUUGGGAAUCUUCUCGAAAUUAAAGAACCUGUGGAGGGUCUCAAAGAAUGGCUGGAUGCAGUAUCUACAGCUCGCAUCCCUUGUGCUGUUGUUUCAAAUUUUGAUCGGAGAAACAUGGUACAGGCCCUAGAGAGAAUGGGGCUCAAGAAGUAUUUCCAGGCAAUUGUGACCGAAGAAGAUGGUAUGGAAUCAAUAGCUCACAGGUUUCUUUCUGCAGCUGUGAAGCUUGAUCGGAAACCAUCCAAGUGUGUGGUGUUUGAGGAUGACCCUAGAGGCGUAACUGCCGCUCACAACUGUACAAUGAUGGCUGUGGCACUAAUCGGUGCUCACCCAGCGUACGAUCUGGUGCAGGCUGAUCUUGCAGUUGCUGGGUUUAAUGAGCUUUCGGUUAUCAACCUGAGAAGAUUAUUUGCUAAUAAUGGUUCCACGUUCAUGGACCUGCAGAAGCAGAUUGUAGAGAAGUCUCCUCCGAAAAGGAAGCUUACCAUUGAUACCAUUUUUUGAUUCACUUCUACUUCCCACAUAUUUCUCCUUGUGAUUAAGUAGCUGAUCAUCAACAUGGUUUUAUAUUUUUUUGAUGUCCUGUGGAAUUUCUUAAUUUAUUUCAUAUUUGAUAUGAUUACAAUUUUGCGCUCAAGCUCUUCAACUCAAAUGUUAACCCCUAUAGUCUGGCGUUUGUUCUU